AUGUCCAGUUCGCAAGACAGGGCGCUGGCUCUGGCGCCCGACCGCGUGUUGGACAUUGCAGCCAAGGCUCUCACUCAGGACGGGGAGCAAGCCCAGCUAAAGAAUGCAUAUGAGGCCGUUGCCUUGAUCGGACACGCCUGCAUGGUCGCAGUGGAUUUCCGUCUGAUUGGACUGGGAGAAGACCAUAAACUAGAUCCUACAGACUCCCCAGUGCUCCCUAAGGAGUGGAACGCUAACACCACCUAUGCUUUUCGAUAUGCUCACACACAGUCCUCGAUGGAGUUUCUACUCAAAGUAAAUCGAUUAGGGAAUAAUGCUGUGGUCCUGGCCUUGGCUCUCGGCCAUGACAAAACUACAUCCUUCGAUAUCGCGGCGAAAGACUACGUCUCCGAAUCUUCCCUCCCUCUAUCUACCACGUCUGAAGCCUCAACUGCCCUGAGACAAGUCUUUAUUUCGAAUCCGCGUCUGAAUGACCUGAUCGGACUGUUUAAGGUAAAUGUGAUCCAGAGAUUGGCACCGGGGCUACAGAAAGAAGGGUAUGAGGACACCGGGGAGCCAUCCCGCACAAGACAGCCUGAACGGCCACAGCAGCCUGAACGCGAUCCAUUGCGUGAUGACCGACUACCAGAGCCAGCUCGUCCUUAUCCCUUCGAUGACCCGUUGGCGGACAUUCCCCGUCGGCCCAUGCCUCCCGGGGAUUUCCCACCACCGGGCUUUGAGGACGAAUAUGAGAUUAACCGGCCUCCCCGGGGGUGGCCAGGUGGCUACGGAGGAAGGAACCCAUUGAGUAUUGGCGAGAGAGAUCUCUAUCCUCCCGGUCUGGGACCCAAUGACCCGUUAAGAGGGACUUUCGGGCCUGGAGGGGGUGGUGGAGGUGGAAUGCAUCCAACCUUCGACGAUCCUCUUUUUGGCGGACGUCGAGGGGGAGGCUACGACCCUCAAGCGCCUCCAGGCUCUAGAUACGAUCCAGUCGGCCCAGGCGAUGGCCCUCCAUUUGGUCGAGGCAGUCCUUUUGGUGGUGGGCGCGGCAGAGGUGCUGGAGGGUUUGGGGGGUUUGGGGGCUUUGGCGGUGACAUCAUUUAG